AUGUCCAACAACAACCAGAACCCCGGCCUCCUCGGCGGUCUAGGCGACACUCUCGGUAAAACCGUCGGCGGUGUCACAAACACCGUCGGCAGCACAGUCGGUGGCCUCGGCUCGACAGUCGGCAACGCAACAUCCGGUCUGGGGCAGACAGUCUCGGGCGCCACCGAGGGUCUGGGAAAUACCACCAAGGGCACUGGCGAGGGAAUCCAAAAUGGAGUUUCCAGUGUUGGAGGCAAAAAGCAGACUGCGGAGAAUCCUCUCGGUUUGAACAACUGA